AUGAGCGGAGGACGCGUCCUUCACCGGAGGUCUCCUGCCCCUCUCGUUCUGGCCUUGGCAUGGGCCAUGCUCUUCGUCGCAUUGUCUGACGCGCAGCUGGAGGUCGGGUUCUACGACUACACCUGCCCGAGAGCGGAGCAGCUCGUCCGCACCGUCGUCCACGCCGCCAUCCGCCGUGACCCCGGCAUCGGCGCCGGGCUAGUGCGCCUCUUCUUCCACGACUGCUUCGUCAGGGUCAGCUUCUUUCUGUUCUAUCCGUCUUGUAUGUUCCGUGUCAACAACUUAAUCCCAACGUUAGUGUGCACUGUACAGGGGUGUGAUGCAUCCGUGCUCCUGGACGCGGUCCCGGGCAGCGACGACGCCGUGGAGAAGGCGUCGCAGGCGAACAGCCCUAGCCUCAGGGGCUACGGCGUCAUCGAGCGCGCCAAGCGCGUGGUCGAGCGGCGGUGCCGGCGCCGACAUCGUGGCCUUCGCCGCGCGCGACGCCAGCGGCCUCCUGGGGGGCAUCGAGUACGAGGUGCCGGCGGGGCGGCGCGACGGCCGCGUCUCCAACGCGUCGGAGGUGCUCAACAGCCUGCCCCCGCCCUUCUCCAACGCCUCGCGGUUCGUCGACAGCUUCGCCGCCAAGGGCCUCAAUGCCGACGACAUGGUCACGCUCUCGGGCGCGCACUCCUUCGGCCGCACCCACUGCUCAGCCAUCGCCUUCCGGCUCUACCCGCGGGUCGCAGCAGACAUGAACGCCACCUACGGCAGGUCCCUCCGGGCGCGGUGCCCGGCCGCGACGGGGCGCCGGGACCGGGUGGUGCACCUGGACCCGGUCACGGGGCUCCGGCUCGACAACCAGUACUACAGGAACGUGCAGACGCGCGAGGUGCCGUUCACGUCGGACGCGACGCUCCUGACGCGGGACGACACGGCGGCGCUCGUCGACCUCUACGCGCGCAACAGGACUGCGUGGAUGUCGCGGUUCGCGGCCGCGAUGGUGAAGAUGGGCGACCUCGACGUGCUCACCGGCACCCAAGGAGAGAUCAGGAGCCUUUGCAACAGAGUUAA